AUGUUGGUAAUAAAUCUGAAUUAUCCAAAGGAGUGGAAAGAAUUGACAAAGGAGGUUUAUGUGAGAUUGUAUAAUUGGAUGAGGAUGUCGGUGGAGGAGAGACAGGAUAUUAUGAGAUUCUAUUGGGCUGAAUAUGUGGAAGAGGAGGAAUCGAAGGACGAAGUGUCGAAAUCGCUUGAUAACAUACUCAAAGAGUUGAGAAGACAAUUCUCCAAAUGCAAUAAGCAGUAA